AUGGAAGAUAAAUCAAAUUCGUUCUCCAGCAACAAAGAAGGGGAGAAAGCAGAUGGGAAUAAUGUAUUUCAAAGGCAAGACUCGAUACAGAAGAAUAAUAUGGGGAGCCAGAACAUGAAAGGAGGGGACCAUGGAAACUCGGUGGGCUUCAAGGGGGACCGGGAGGAAGCCUUGGUCGGGUUCGACGAUAUAGACGGGUCCGGUAACCGACAUGGCUUUAUGCAGCGGCAAUUUGGAGCGAUGAUGCAGCCCGGCGUCAAUAAGUUCUCCCUGCGAAUGUUCGGCAGUCAGAAAGCCGUUGAGAAAGAGCAAGAAAGGGUGCAGACGGCUGGAUACUGGAUCAUUCAUCCCUAUAGCGAUUUUAGGUUCUACUGGGACUUGGUAAUGCUGGUCAUGAUGAUGGGGAACCUGAUCAUCAUUCCUGUAGGAAUAACCUUCUUCUCAGAGCAGACCACCACCACCUGGCUAAUAUUCAACGUAGCUUCAGACACCAUCUUCCUCGUGGAUCUGGUCAUGAACUUCCGCACGGGGAUCGUCAACGAGGAGAGCUCCGAGAUCAUCCUGGACCCCAAGGUCAUAAAGAUGAACUACCUAAAGAGCUGGUUUGUGGUCGACUUCCUCUCGUCCAUACCAGUGGAUUAUAUAUUUCUAAUAGUGGAAAAGGGGUUUGACUCAGAGGUGUACAAGACGGCGAGGGCGCUGAGGAUCGUGAGGUUUACUAAGAUUCUGUCUCUUCUGAGGCUACUGAGACUUUCCCGACUCAUCAGAUACAUACACCAGUGGGAGGAGAUCUUCCAUAUGACCUAUGACCUGGCCAGUGCUGUGGUAAGAAUAUUUAAUCUGAUAGGGAUGAUGCUACUGCUGUGCCACUGGGACGGUUGUCUGCAGUUCCUGGUCCCACUCCUACAAGAUUUCCCUCAAGAUUGUUGGGUGUCGCUAAACGGUAUGGUUAAUGACUCGUGGGGUAAGCAGUACUCGUACGCACUCUUCAAGGCCAUGAGUCACAUGCUGUGUAUCGGGUACGGCGCCCGGGCUCCCGUCAGCAUGUCCGACCUGUGGAUCACCAUGCUCAGUAUGAUCGUGGGCGCCACCUGCUACGCCAUGUUCGUGGGUCAUGCCACCGCUCUCAUCCAAUCACUAGACUCCUCCCGCAGGCAGUACCAAGAGAAGUAUAAACAAGUAGAGCAGUACAUGUCGUUCCACAAGCUCCCAGCAGACAUGCGGCAGAAGAUCCAUGAUUACUAUGAGCAUCGUUAUCAGGGCAAGAUCUUUGACGAGGACAAUAUCCUGAGUGAGCUCAACGACCCGCUCAAAGAGGAAAUUGUGAACUUCAACUGUCGGAAGCUGGUGGCUACCAUGCCGCUGUUCGCCAACGCAGACCCCAACUUCGUGACGGGCAUGUUGAGCAAGCUGAAGUUCGAGGUGUUCCAGCCCAACGAUUACAUCAUCAGGGAGGGCACCGUGGGCAAGAAGAUGUACUUCAUCCAACAUGGUGUGGCCAGUGUCAUCACCAAGCUUAACAAAGAGAUGAAGCUGACUGAUGGCUCUUACUUUGGAGAGAUCUGUCUCCUGACGAAGGGGAGACGCACGGCGAGCGUUCGCGCUGACACCUACUGCCGUCUCUUCUCCCUCUCCGUGGAUCACUUCAACGAGGUGUUAGAAGAGUACCCUAUGAUGCGCCGCGCUUUCGAGACCGUAGCCAUCGACCGCCUGGACCGCAUCGGGAAGAAGAACAGCCUGCUCCUCCAGAAGUUCCAGAAGGAUCUGAACGCUGGGGUGUUCAACACGCAGGAGAACGAGAUAUUGAAGCAGAUAAUCCGUCAGGACAGGGAGAUGGUGAUGAUGGUGGACCGCAAGCAGUCGGUCACAGGGAUGUCAGUCACAGGGAUGUCGGUCACAGGGAUGAACACCACCCCGAUAUCUGGAAACUCCAUCAUUAACUCGCCGGCUCAGCCGCCCUACACCACUGCCCUGGGCAACAACCAGUUCCAGCAGUCAGCCACCCCUUUGACCUACAGCGCUUCGGCCGUCAUUGCCCCCUCCGCCGCAGCCGCCGCCCGCAUCCUGCCUGCCUCGGCGCAGGGAGUCUAUCCCGUCCCCAGCGUCAUCCAUGGCAACCUGACCUCAUCCUCGCCCGUCCCCCAGACUCCCCUCUCUCUCCAUCAGCAAGGGUCCAUCAUGUCCCCGGUAUCCUUCACCACGGCUGUGUGCAGUCCACCCGUGCAGACCCCUGGGCUGGCAGGCCGCAGCUUCCAGUACGGCUCGCCCACCGCCUCCCAGCUCUCCCUUAUCCAGCAGCCGCUGCCUACUGGCCUACCACCACAGCAACAACUACCACAGCCACAGCAACCAGGAGGAGCUGCGGCCUCCUCAGCAACACAACAACCACAACAACAGCAGCAGCAGCAAGUCCCGUCACCUCAGAGGAGUGACAGCCUCCACAAGGCCAGCCAUGCUCUCCAGUCGGGAAGCCUGAGUCGAGACGUGCGCCACCUCUCUGCCUCCCAGCCCUCGCUGCCCCAUGACACGUCCCUGGGGCCCCGAGCGCACCCUGCAGCAUCUGGGGACUCCCUGGCCUCCAUUGCCCCGCCGGUGGCUGCGAUCCAGGGUAUGGGUAUACAGAGCGGUCUCCGCACCACAGUGCCCCAGAGGGUCAACCUGUUCCGCCAGAUGUCAUCGGGAGCGUUGCCUCCGGUGCGAGCGGUGUCCUCUGCAGCCCAGCACAGGGAUUCCACUGGCUCUAGGAGAGAUUCUAGAAGAGAUUCUACCUUAAGCAGUACAGAGACCGAGCAAGAUAAGAUGCGGUUCGCAUCAAAUUUAUGA